AUGGCAACCUGGAGGUGUUUACGGAAGGACUCGACUUCGCCGGAAGUGACAUCAUCAGCGUCGGUGUCCUUGGGAAGCUAAAGGAUUCUCCCUCCGAGGCCCUCCAGCUGGAUUUGGACGGAAUGCCGCCGCUCAGCGUGUGGGUGGCCUACACAGACUACACCUCCCUCCUGUGCCUCUACUCCUGCACGUCCUUCCCCGGGCUGCGGGUGGACUGGGCGUGGGCGCUGACCCGCACGAGGCACCCGCAGCCGAGACUCAUGUUGCGGUGCAGGAGCAAACUCAGAAAUCUGGGCGUGAAUGCGGCGAAGUUCGAGCGCAUUCCGCAGAACGAUGUAGUGUGUAAGGGGAACCGGAGCUAGGGGCGCACGGUGGAAGUAACGGCGUCCUUCUCUUUUUCCGUUCUUUGUGUUUUGUUAUUAUUUUCAGGCAUUUUCCGUGUCUCUUUUGUUCUUCUUGUUCUCAUCUUUAUUUCCAGGCAGUUUUUUUUUAUUAUCCUGUAAUUUCCACGUUCACAAACCUCACUCUGUAUUUUUUGUGUAAUAAAAUUUUGAAAUUCU